AGGAUAGUGAAAGAGAAGCUGCAAAAAUUUCCCAAUUUUAUCAUUAAAAAUAGAAAUUUCCUUUUUUUUUUUCUUUCCAAAAUAAAAUCCAACUUCAAAUUAAAUAUCUUCUUCUUCUUCUUCUUCUGCUCUAUUGAGUCUCUAUCUCAACUGUGAUCGAUGGCGGAGGAGAUGGUGGCUGAUGAUGUUACGGCUCCUCCUCGUAAAGUUCUUAUUAUCUCCGCUGGUGCUAGCCACUCCGUCGCUCUUCUCUCUGGUGACAUUGUUUGCUCUUGGGGUCGAGGAGAGGAUGGGCAGCUAGGUCAUGGCGAUGCUGAGGAUCGACCUUCUCCAACCCAGCUUAGCGCGUUAGAUGGUCACCAAAUUGUUUCCGUUACCUGUGGUGCUGAUCACACUGUUGCUUAUUCACAAUCAGGCAUGGAGGUCUACAGUUGGGGAUGGGGUGAUUUCGGGAGAUUAGGCCAUGGUAACUCAAGCGACUUGUUUACUCCUCUGCCAAUCAAAGCUUUGCACGGUAUUCGCAUUAAGCAGAUUGCUUGUGGUGAUAGUCAUUGUUUGGCUGUGACAAUGGAAGGAGAGGUGCAGAGUUGGGGGCGCAACCAGAAUGGUCAACUUGGUCUGGGGGACACAGAAGAUUCUCUAGUGCCUCAGAAGAUUCAAGCCUUUGAGGGAAUACGAAUCAAAAUGGUUGCUGCUGGUGCAGAACACACUGCUGCGGUUACAGAAGAUGGUGAUCUUUAUGGAUGGGGAUGGGGUAGAUAUGGAAAUUUGGGAUUAGGUGACCGGAGUGACCGUUUGGUUCCUGAAAGAGUUACAUCUACUGGUGGUGAGAAGAUGUCCAUGGUUGCCUGUGGAUGGCGACACACAAUAUCGGUUUCUUACUCUGGAGCAUUAUACACAUAUGGAUGGAGCAAAUAUGGACAGCUAGGACAUGGAGACUUGGAGGAUCACCUAGUUCCUCACAAACUAGAAGCACUGGGCAACAGUUUUAUCUCCCAGAUUUCAGGAGGUUGGAGACAUACCAUGGCAUUGACUUCAGAUGGAAAACUAUAUGGAUGGGGUUGGAAUAAGUUUGGGCAAGUAGGAGUCGGCAAUAAUUUAGAUCAGUGUUCUCCUGUGCAAGUGCGAUUUCCCGAUGAUCAGAAAGUAAUUCAAGUCUCAUGUGGAUGGAGACAUACUUUGGCUGUCACUGAAAGAAAUAAUGUGUUUGCGUGGGGUAGAGGUACAAAUGGACAGCUCGGCAUUGGAGAGUCCGUUGACAGGAACUUUCCCAAGAUUAUAGAAGCACUGAGCGUGGAUGGAGCAAGGGGACAACAUAUAGAAUCUUCUAAUAUUGAUCCAUCUUCAGGGAAAAUCUGGGUGUCACCUUCGGAGAGAUAUGCGGUUGUUCCUGAUGAAACUGGCCUAACCGAUGGUUCAAACAAAGGGAAUGGAGGUGAUAUCAGUGUCCCACAAACUGAUGUCAAGCGUGUACGAAUUUGAGUCUGAAACAAUUCCUUCUUUUUUUCUUUUUUUUUCGGUUCUUGCGGUUGGGUUCGAAGGUUUUCCAGUGAUCUAUAUUGGGUUGAAAUUUGUACUAAAGUACGUCGUCUCUCUAGUUUGGGAUUGGUUGUUGUUGUUAGAUUGUAACUUGUAAUGCUUCCUUCUCUUGGCUAUCUUACUACCAUUGGGGGGUUCGAAACUGUAAACCGUGUACUACGUUCUAGUCUCUAGACUCUAGUGUCGGUACUUUUUCUUUUCUUUUUUUUUUUGCUUCACCAUAAUAAUAAUAAUGUCUUUUGGUUCUAA